CCCACUAUUUUACUACACCCAAUCAACUACGAGCAACAAGAAUAUUUUUGCAUAAUAUAUGUAUCAUCCAAUCACAUGCGCGGAUUCACAUUGUUUAGUUCGCAUAAUUACCAGGCAGCCAAUCAGCGUGUGGAUAGGGGGCGGGGUCAACGCGCUGUUAGCAGUCACUCGUUGCUUAUGCGCCCAACGGCCACAUUUCAAACUAGAAUGGCGACCGCUGUCUGCGGUCUGCAGUCCACAGGCGCUAACGGCAAACCGGCCAAGAUCCGCCGGGAACACCGGAGGAAAGCGAAGGAUUCCCGGAGGAGACAGGCGGCUCUCCUGUUCCUUAAUAACAUCUCACUCGACGGACGCCCCCAGUGUCAGGUUAACGAUGGGAUUGCCGACCCAAAAGACGCCGAGGAGCACCGACUCGAGGACAGAGACGCGUCGGUCUUGCCCCCGCCGGCGGAGGGACAAGAAGCGGUCGCCCAGGUGACAGAACCGGCCGCGGCCGGCGGUGGUGGCUCUUCUUCCAGUCUGCCCGGGGUGGUCAGUCCUGCCCGACCUUCUUUGGUAAUGUCUCCGGGACUUACAAGCAGCACCGUGGGGGCCAAUGAGGUAUUUUUGGAGGGUGGCAGCACGACCGAGACGCUAACCCCGGACACCCCUAUGUCUCCUGUGUCCGGGGGACACCAGCUCUGCUCCCGGGUCAAGUCAACGCCCACCGCGCUGAGCCCUGUGCCGGCCGGCAACACUGUGGAUUCACGGCAGAGGUUGAGGAAUGUCUCCGGUUCUCCUGGACCCAAGGUGCCAAAGAAAGUCCACUUCAUCAAAAGUAUGAGGCAGUAUGACACCCGGGGUUGCAGGAUCGUGCUGGUUUGUGCCAAGCGGUCGCUAUAUGCUGCUUUCUCAGUGCUGCCCUAUGGAGAGAGUGCUCACCUCAGUGAUCCUAAGCUGGAGGUUCAGAGACAAAGGCUGUCGUCCGUGGUGGCUGCUGACCUGCUCCCUUCCCUCGAGGGUGUGGAGCUGGGGUCCUACGGCAAGACGGUGUCAUACGCCCAGUUCCUUUAUCCGACCAAUGCCUUGGUGAGACAGAAGAGCGGCGGAGCUCCGGAGAACUGCACAGCUCAGACCCCUCAGUCGCGUUUCCGUGGCAACGGGCAGAGGAACUUCACCCCUGCCCGUCUGAACAACAACAACGCGCCACAGGAGCCAAGUGUUGAGGAGGUGACAGAGUACGAUCCGAACCUGCUCAGUGACCCUCAGUGGCCCUGUGGGAGACACAAGAGGGUCCUGAUAUUUGCAUCAUAUGUGACGACCGUGAUCGAGUAUGUGAAACCGUCCGACCUGAAGAAGGACAUGAACGAGACUUUCAGGGAGAAGUUUCCUCACAUCAAGUUGACUCUGAGCAAGAUCAGAAGCCUGAAGAGAGAGAUGCGGGCCGUGAGCGAGGAGUUCGGCCUGCAGCCGGUCACCACGGCGAUGGGUUUUGUUUACUUUGAGAAGCUGGUGCUGCAGGGCCGCCUCAACAAGCAGAACAGGAAGCUGGUGGCGGCGGCGUGCGUGCUACUGGCUGCAAAGAUCAGCAGCGAUCUGAGGAAGCCAGAAGUCAAGCAGCUCAUUGAUAAGCUGGAGGAGCGUUUUCGUAUCAACAGACGAGAGUUGAUUCCUCUGGAGUUCCCGGUGCUGGUUGCCUUGGAGAUGGGCCUGUACCUCCCCGAGAGCAAGGUCAUGCCGCACUACCGCAGGCUGGUGCAGCAGGGUUAGACCGGCUACGGCGAUGUCUGACACUCCAGUUUCAUUAAUAACAUCAGCAAGUGUGCGUGAAUCAGAACUGACCGAGUGUGUGUGUGUGUGUGUGUGUGUGUGUGUUCAUGUGUGUGUGCGAUGGGCCGACCAGUUUAUAAGCUGUGGUGUUUGAGACAAAUAAUUCUGGUACUAUUUAUUUUCUGUCAGUCGUGACUCGAGUCACUUGCUGUUUAUGAAGAAUAACUAGUUUACACUCGUUGGCAUGUCCGUCUCCCUGAAUGUCUUUUUGUACACGUGACGUUCUGAUGUCGAUCCCGUCAUGAGCUCUAUGUUAGAGAUGUUCGACGAGCACGUUAAUUGUGCUUUUAUUUUGGUUUCUCGUGACUUUUAUUUUGGUACGUCCUCGUAUUCUUCGCCUCUAUUUAAAUGAAAACGUACGCUGUGAUGUUUGUGUCCGUGUAAAACUUCUCCUGCACCUUUCUCAUGACUAUACGCAGCCUGUAUAGUAUUUAUUACGAACUACAAAGAACCAUACUGUUGAUUUUUGUAAAUGCCUUUUGAACCCACUGUGACAUCAACUCGUUUUUAGCCAUCGGACUGAAACAUGAUACUGUAGACUGCGGGUGGAAAACAUGAUUUUAGUCUUUUUACGAGAAGAGGAAGUGGCCUUUAAUUUAUGUUUUUAUUUUUAUAUUUGUACUGUUUGUCCAACAAUAAUCAGCCACAUUCAUAUAUUCAUUUUUUUCUUUAAUAGAAAAAUAAAUUAAAUAUUAAUUGUGGCAGCUCUGUCCUCCUGAUAUUCAGUAUAACUGCUGUUAUACUGUAACAAGGAGGCUUAUUAUUUAUAAUUAAUGUUGUUUUUGUUAUGUCGUUACCCAGGGAGAUAUGUUUAGGGCUGCAACUAACGACUAUAUUCAUUAGCCGUUAAUCUGUUGAUAAUUAAGUGACGUCCUCAAAUGUUUUAUUUCGCCCACAACCUAAAGACAUUCAGUUUAUUGUUGAAGACGAGUAAGAAAACUAGAAAAUACUCAAAUUUCAGGUGCGGAAAUAAGAUAAUUUGGACUUUUUGUCUGAAUAAAAUGACUCAAAACGAUUAAUCAACAAUGAAAAGUCACCAAUUUAAUUCAAUAGUUGAUAACUAAUCAAUUAAAGAUGCAGUGCGUAGGAAUUGCAGAUUGGAAUCAACUGAAUACCGUCGAGAGCCAGUGUUUGGUCUGCGGAAGAGGACCCGCUCCCUCUGUAGAUACAAGGUAAUAAAAACAUAAUGAUUCUUAUUUUCAGGUCAAUUUUCACAAUAGAAAAAGAUACUUAUGCACAUUAUAUUUCUGCCUAUAUGUCUCCUUAAAUGUUACACACUGGACCUUUAACCGACCAUUUGUUGCAGCUCUAGACAUGUUUAUUUUUAAUUUUUUUUGUAAAAUGCACUGCAAUUUAUUCCUCAAUAGUCGAAAGUCUUGCUUGUUUGUCGUCGUAUUUUUCAGUUCUCAGGAAUUUUUACUUUCUUUUGAAUGACUCGUAUAAACUCUAACCCAAAGAGAAGUUGUUACAGUAGCUCUACCAUCAUUAAAAUCACCUGUGCUCCAUUUAAAAAAAACAAAACAAUGAAAGGUAACUGAUUGUCGUGCACAUAUGUGAACAGAUGUACAAGUCGCUCCUACAAGUGCCAGACAGUGUUAACCUGACUGCAGUACUUAUUUUGUACUAACUCUUGUGAUUUGGAUGCCACUAAAGUAUGGAGAGA